UCUUCUAACAAAAACCCUAGGAACACAAAAAAAAAUAUACAAAAAGAUAUUAAAGAGGUAAAGAGGUUCAAACACUACAUAAGGUAAAAAUGCCCUCGGCAAAGGAAAAACGAUUGCGCAGGGAAAGAAUACUACAGUUCAUACGAGAAAACAGGGAGCUCAUGCCCAUUAGUUCGACGACAGUACUAAAGCCACCUACGGUUAAAAAGGAGGACACUUUAAAGCAAAAAAAGCGUGUCACAUUUAACCAUGGCAAACAGCGGAGUAUUGGGGAGUCGACCAGAAACAAGGAUAGCGAGCAGAAUAUUGGUCAGGGCCUAACGUCCUGCUUGAUCACCAGGUCCUCGGAUACCCGAUUAGCCAGCGGAGCCAACAACCCAACAGAGAGUACGGCGGAAAAACUCCAUCGAACAGACAGCAAAUGCCAUUUGAAGUCGUCAUGCACAAAAUGCCAGGACUCACGAUUAUCGGCUGGUACCAAUAAUCCAGCGGAGCGAGAUGUUGGCAAAUUACCCCGAACCGACAGCGAGUGCAAGUUCAACGAGCCCGGAAUCUUUUUUCUGCAAAAACCCCAUUCAGAUUUUACCACCCAGGAAGUCAAGCUGAACGCGAAGCCUCUAAGAAAGGAGUUGAAGAACAAGUGCGACUUCUUUCCGAAAUAUGUGGACAAUCGGCCAUUCAAGGAUGAGGCCACACAAACCCUCUAUAGGGAAUCAUCUGCGCAGACUUUGGCCUUUUUACCUGAAAUACUGAACAACCAAAAGUCGGAAAGUCUGGAGCUUUAUACUCUGGCCAAGUUGCUGCCAGGCGACAAGCCACCGGGAUUGCAUGAAGUGGAGUUUCUGGAGCGGGCCCGUAGACGAUGGAAAUUCAGCAAGGCACUGGAGGAUAACUUUAAACAUCUUCUUUGUGAGGCAAGGGAGCUGUCUAUCAAAACGCAGUACAAGGAGGUUCUGGAAGCCUUCGAAUGGGAACAGUGGAUACAGCGCGAAGAGGACAUACAGCAGUGCCAGAUGAUGCGACUGGAGAUCGUGGUCAAGAUGUUUGACAAAAGGGAGAAGGCAAUGCACAACGCCUCCAAGGCUCGAAUUGAAAAAUCCGUACAGCAAAUAGAAAAGCGGCGGCAGGAUGGUCUGCGCAAGAAUGAAAUUGAGUAUCAGCGUGGAAUGCGACGCAACAACAUUCAGUUGGCCAAAACCGCUAGAAAGUGGGAGAAACAGAGUCCCAUGCAGGCUCUUGGAUCACCGUGCUCCGAGUUCUACGGCCCACUGAUAAGGCAUGGUGUUGAUCCAGCCCGAAGAUGCUUCGAAUCCAACACUGGACGCAAAGCAUUCGACAUGAGGAUCGAUGAACUGGAAAAGCGGGUGAACAUGCGCAAUGUGCAGUGCCCCUUCAGCAAGCUGAAGGAGUGGUCCAAGCCCAAGGAGUACGAUAGAGAGUAUGAGCGCAACUUCUGCAAUGAUGGCAAUCUCCAGAGGCUGUACGAGUCCUUGAAGACACUGAGAACGCAGUCAGACAUGCCAAAGGAGCCACCGCAGUGCCUGAAAACACGAUUGCGAAUUGAGCAUCGAACAUCUAGUUCCAGUUCCGAUUCAUAUCGCAACUACAAUUGGCAAGCUCGCAAAUCACGCUAUGUGGAACUUUCCGAGGGAUUGCGUAGCACCAAUACCAUCAAAAAAAUGGCCCCACCAAGGGCUGAGAAGGUAGUGAGGGGCUCUGUCAUUAGGCGCGAGUGUUUGGAGACACUCAUAUGCUCAUACGAAGGCAGUUAUGUUGGCACAAUCAUGCAGUUCCUGGCGGAUGAAAUGCAACGAUUGAAGGAGCAACGCAAGCUGCACUUCUUCUGCAUUCUGGCCCAAAAGGAGCGCUGGCGCCGUGAGGCAGCGGAAGCGGGAUUGAGGCAGAAGGAGAACUGCAUGAGGAUGCUCUACGAGGAGAUGUUCCAGUUUACGAAUUCAGUACACAGUGAGAUUGCUGAGAAAUAUGCCGACACCAUAUUGACCACCGAUGUGGGCAACAUGGUGGAGGAGGAGACGGCCGAAACUAUUACAGAGCUGGCUAAGCAAAUUGAUGCGGACAUAGGGCGGUGGCUGGAGUCCUUCAAACUGAUCCAGAAUCCACUCAAUUUCACCCCACUGCGCCUCAUGCUGCAGGACAUGGUCUCGCCGGAUAUGGGCGCUACGCUACGGCGCUACGAGACAUCCCUGAUUGUCCAGUACAUUGUAGAGGACGUGAUCUUCUACAAUAUGUGGCAGGAACUCGAGCCAUUCGAUAUUGCCAGCACUUUGACCAGUGAUCUGAUCGAUCGCCUUAUAGACAACGAUCUGUUUUUGUUCUCAUCGGACAGCGAAAGCGAGUCUGGACAUGGAGCCUCCUGGACAGAGUCCCAUGCCAUCAUACGAAAGCUCAUUCGCCAAGCCGUUCCGGGUAGACGCUGGAAGGAGGAAAACGAGAGGAUUGUCAGCGAAACCUUUAGCAGCCUCUUCGACGAGGUGUUUGCCAAUAUCCUGUUUGGCAUCGAAAAUCCAGAACCAGUUCGGGGCACGGAUCUUCUGCACCUUUGUGCAAGUAAAUCGUUUGCCUUCUUCGCUCACGAGAUUCCAAGUAGAGUGCCUGUGGAAAGGUUGGAGUCGUCUCAAUCGGAGUCAUUGGAGAAUGCUAAUAUUCUACGAAUGCAAUUCCUAUCUCUCAUUAAAAAAAUUAAAGAGGAUAAGAUAACCAAGAAGUUGGAGAGAACUGGGGAGAAAGUGAAGAUGUCUGCAAAUGAAUACGAAUUAUUUGACGACUAUAUCAAAAACGAAGUGCUCCAAAACGCGGAAUUCCUAAACAGUGCAUCUCCGGAGCCAGAGCCUGAAUUAUAUUCCAUCAUAAGUACUGUUGAUAUUGCCGAGUACGACCAUAAUCUAAAAGAUCUGCGGGGUUCUUCGAUAAUCCACCGUACGCCUUUAGCAGAAGAGGAGGCCUUUGAAAGUAGAGACGAAGAAGUUAGAUCGGACAAUUUGGAACAGGAAAAAGAACCCAUUGACGUGGACCAGGAAAAAGUUGAGGAGGCAGAACCAGAACACGAGAAUGUAUCUGAAAAAUACGCAGGGGAGUCUGAUGGCCUAGAACCCAUAAUUGGCGAGGAAUUUGAGGAAGAGCAUACCGAUGUGGGAGAAGAGGUCGUGGUCUACUCUACCAAAGAGUCGCAGGUCUUUAAAUUCAGAUAAAUUUUCAAAUUCCAUCUUUCAAUUUCCUGGGCAACGGAGCUUUUCGUUACUUUCAUACAUACAAAAAAAAAUUAUUAUUGAAAAUAAUACGAAAUAAUAAUAGUGGUAAAAUAUA